AUGGCUGAGGAUGCGGCGUCACAACUUGCGGAGAAACCCGCAAACGUGGAUGCCACCGUGAAUAUCCCAGUUGUGGUUGAUUCAAACGACGAUGGAACAGUCGAUCAGGAACUUAAAUUAGAGCAAAUGAGAAGUACAUUGGAAGAGGCGAUUGUGGAAACGCGCAGUACGCCUCUGAAAAAUCGACCGCGACUUCCCCACGUAGCCCUAAGCAAACGAAAUCGGACUGUCGUGAGGACUCUGAACCCAAUUCAGGUGACCUAUUUGGAAGCCAGCCGGGACCUUUGCGAGACGUCCUCAAUUCUUUUUGGCGCCGCACUGGCAGUCUGCCGUAUUAUAGGUGCCAAAUUUUACACGGUUGAACGCGCUACUGGAAAAAGUAGCACUAUCCCAGCCUGGAGAAUAAGAAUUGAAAAACAUAUCGCAAAGGCUAGGGCCCUCAUCGGCAGACUGAUAUGGUUCAGGUGA